UUUGACCCUACCCUGCAUCUCAACAGAUCCCAAUUGCGGAAGAACUCGUCCAAAUCUCUGCUAGAAUGGACAUCAAUAGCAUGGAUUUGGCCAAGGCGCUGGCUGAAGCCGCAGCCAACCAAGCGGGCGGAAUGGGCACCGGUGGCCUCGUUGCAGGCGACGACGCGAGCCAUCCUGCCUACAUUGCCAUGGACGGGAGCAGCGGAGUGUAUGGGGCGAGCGUGAAUGGCUUGUACGGCAACUGGGCUGCGGACGAGUCCCAAUCCCAGCAGCAGCAACAACAACAACAACAGCUACUACUACAGCAACAGCAGCAGCAACAGGCUCAUCAUCAGCAGCAGCAGCAGUUCGUGCUGGGACCCGGGACGAUGGGCAUGGCAGCGACGGGCUCGGGCUCCAAUUCGCUCGACCUGGCCGCGCUUGCGGUUCGAGCAGCAGGCAGUGCUCCAGUGAGCUUCCGGGGCAUCUCGACCGAAAGCGCACUCAUCACAUUGAACUGUGUGCUACCAAACGGCUCGGCACGGCUGAUCGGGCUGCCGUUGUUCACCUCGUUUACCCAAUUCUUGAACAUGCUGAUGGAAGAAUUUGGGCAGCCGCUUACUUUUGAGUAUGUUGACGAAGAAGGCGAGCGAAUCGCGGUCAAGAACGACAGCGAUUUAGAAGAAAUGAUGACAAUGUACUUUUACCUGCAAAGCAAUCCGGCCACCGCAGCGCCAGUCACGCUUCACGUUCAACUCAAUUCCACGUCAAGGCGCAACAAGAACAAUUUGCUCAGUCUCAAAGUGGAUGUUUCUGACAUGGCAGCCGCACAACCAUCAGGGCACCUGCAGGCCGGCAAUGAAAACAUGCCAGCUUCACACUCAAUGGUGCCACCAGUUGACGCGGAUACUGUAGAACGCUUUAGUCGUGUCCGAGUCAUUCAUGAAGAACUGCAACCCCUGGCAACUCUUGGUCAUGGUGCAAGUGGCACUGUUCAGAAAGUAUUGCACGAGCCCACAGGGUCUAUUCUAGCAUUGAAGAUCAUCCCGCUGGACCCGAACCUGCAAGUCCAACAAGCUAGCGCAAAGCAGAUUAUCACCGAAUUGGACGUGCUGCACAAGUGCGAGUCUCCAGACAUUAUCACGUUCUACGGAGCGUACUUUCGAGACCAUUGCAUUUGCAUGUGCAUGGAGUACAUGGACGGCGGCUCUCUCGAGUCCAUGUACAAGGCGAUUGGAACCAUUCCAGAGCCAGUGCUGGGCCGUGUCAUUGUUUCCGUUGUGAACGGCCUCGUGUAUCUGCACAACCAGUUCAAGAUUUUGCAUCGAGAUGUCAAGCCGUCAAAUAUUCUCCUCAACACGCGUGGUGAAAUCAAGCUCUGCGAUUUUGGUGUCAGCGGCAAACUGGAAAAUUCGAUGGCACAGACCUUUGUUGGAACGAACGCGUACAUGGCGCCCGAGCGCAUCCGAGGUGCUCCGUAUACUGUCCGCUCGGAUGUCUGGUCGCUGGGCAUUUCGAUUGUUGAGAUGGCCACUGGUCGCUUUCCUUACCCGCAAGACACGAGCAACACGGCCCGACAGCUCAACACGUUCGAGCUGCUGUAUUCUAUUGUAGAAGAGCCAGUCCCGCGUCUGUCGGACGAUGCUUUCUCGCCAGAACUGAUCGAUUUUGUUCGCUGCUGUCUCGUAAAGCAGCAAGACCAAAGGCCAACACCACUAUUACUACAGGGUCAUCCGUUCUACCUGUCCACGGCGUCUCAGUACUUGAAUAUUGCCCAGUGGGUGGUUUCCGCGCUCGAGUACAUGCGAAUGCCCAAACGGACUUGACCUGUGUUUCAUAAUUUCCAGCUCUCAUUUUUUCUUCUCCUCGUUUCUUCAUCGUAAUUCUAUCAUGCACGGGCAGUCAUAGUUCAAACAAUCGAUGUUCGGAUUCGAAAGAAAUAAC